GUGAGGGGCCAGGGGCCGAAGCUCCUCCUCCUGUUCCUGGUACCCGAGCUUGCUCUUGAAGAAGAUGAAGCCCCUGGGUGUGGGUCGAAGCACUGAUUUCCAGCAACCAGAGGGGAAGGUUCAAGACCCAAGAUCAGCUAGUAAGUGCUUAAGAGCCCGAGGCAGUCUGACUCCCUGAGGCGCAUUUCUGGUUUGAGAGACGCUGGAUAGCUCUUUCCUUCUUUGGCUAGGGGCAGGACUAACGGUCUUGGGGGUCCAAGGGGAGAGUAGAGAGACAGUCCCUUUUGAGCUCUGGAACAGUCUUCGCGUAGCCGCCGCCCCUCAGUGCCGGGAACAGGCACCUCAUCUUCGUCGUCGUCCUCCUCUUCCUCCUCUUUCUCCUCCGCAGAAGCGGUGGGCUAGGGGACCCAGGUUAGCUUCUCCACUUCCCCUUAGUCCCGCGGGAGCCAGCAGCAGCGAGUCACCAGAGCGCCGGAGUGCAGCCAGCCAGCCAGACGCCUUUGCGGGGGGUCCCGCCUGCCUGGCCACAGGGGGAUGGAGGUGCGGCGGGCUCCGAGCUGCAGCCCGGAGUCCAAACUUCAGCGCGGACUUUCAGUGGAGCAGCUGCCGCCGCCCCCCCUACCGCCGCUGCUUUGCCUUCUGGCCUGAGAGCAGGACCAUGGAUGAAAGAUUCAACAAGUGGCUGCUCACGCCGGUGCUCACGCUCCUAUUCCUGAUCAUCAUGUACCAGUACGUGUCCCCCACCUGCACCAACUCCUGUACCAACUUCGGGGACAAAUUCCGCGCUGGGGAGUCCGGACAGGUUGCAGCUGCCCCAGCAGAUCCCCGAGAGGACCAGCAGCAACCACCACCCCCGGACCAGCAAGCCGAGAUUUCUAGGGCACCGGCGGCACAGCUCUCCGGGCCAGUUCAGGAGGCGGAGGAGGAAUUCGAAGAGUUGGAAGAGGAGGAAGAAGAGCAGGAUCGAGAGUCCCCGGACAAUGGCUCUCUCCCCAAAUUUGUGCCCCGCUUCAACUUCUCGGUGAAGGACCUGACCCGUUUCGUUGAUUUCAACAUCAAAGGCCGGGACGUGAUCGUCUUCUUGCACAUCCAGAAGACCGGGGGCACGACCUUCGGGCGGCAUCUGGUGAAGAAUAUCCGGCUGGAGCAGCCCUGUAGCUGCAAGCCUGGCCAGAAAAAAUGCACCUGCCACCGACCCGGCAAAAAAGAGACGUGGCUUUUCUCGCGCUUCUCCACAGGCUGGAGCUGUGGGCUGCACGCAGACUGGACAGAGCUCACCAACUGUGUGCCGGCCAUCAUGGAGAAGAAGGACUGCCCUCGAAACCACAGCCGCACCAGGAAUUUCUACUAUAUCACAAUGCUGAGGGACCCAGUGUCCCGUUACCUGAGUGAAUGGAAACACGUCCAGAGAGGGGCCACUUGGAAGACAUCUCUUCACAUGUGUGAUGGGAGAAGCCCAACUCCAGAUGAGCUGCCUACCUGCUACCCAGGGGAUGAUUGGUCUGGUGUCAGCCUGAGGGAGUUUAUGGAUUGUGGCUAUAAUCUAGCCAACAACCGCCAAGUUCGUAUGCUGGCAGACCUUAGCCUGGUGGGAUGCUACAACUUGACUUUUAUGAAUGAGAGUGAGCGGAAUACGAUCCUGUUGCAGAGUGCCAAGAAUAACCUGAAGAACAUGGCCUUCUUUGGGCUUACAGAAUUCCAGCGGAAAACUCAGUUCCUUUUUGAGAGGACAUUCAAUCUCAAGUUCAUCUCCCCCUUCACACAGUUCAACAUCACAAGGGCCUCUAAUGUGGACAUCAAUGAAGGGGCCCGACAGCGCAUUGAGGAGCUGAAUUUCCUGGACAUGCAACUUUAUGAGUAUGCAAAAGACCUUUUCCUACAACGCUACCAUUACACCAAACAGCAGGAACACCAGAGGGACAGGCAGAAGAGGCGGGAAGAGCGGAAGCUGCUAAAGGAGCAUCGGGCUCACCGGUGGCAGAAGGAAGAUGACACGACUGUCACAGAGGACUAUAACAGUCAAGUAGUCCGAUGGUGACAUAUUCUGUUUCUCCUCCCAUGGAGGUAGGAGGACCAGGGACAAUGUUGGUGUUUUGCUGAAUCAUCUAAGGGAGUGAUCAAAAUGAGCCAUGAUUUCUGAGUGUAUGAGACCUGAUUUGAACAUCUCUGCCCUUCCUCUGUCUUUUUCCUCCCUUAAAUUUUAACCAGCUGAAGGAAUAAGUUCCUCUUGUUUUUUUCUUGACAUUUUUCAAUGACAUUAAAUAUGGUAGAAUGACAUCCCAAAAAAACAACUCUAAAAGACUUACACCAAGAUGGGGAACCAAGAAGUCUGUUUUUAAAUCUUCUUCUUUUCAUCUGCACGGUAGAAGAAUGACAUAAGAAGUCAAAGCUGGCAGUGACAUAAAUGUAAAAUCCAAGCUGGGGCUUGGGAGUUCUGUAGAAAUCGGUCUGUUUUAACAAUAUCUUUGUAACAGUAUUGUAGGAUUAUUUAUAGGGAUCAAAAAAGGAAGAGAGAGAGGAAAAAAGAAAAACAAUUGUAGAUUCUCAGUCAAAAAAAGAAGAGAAUGUCAUCUACUGCUGUGUUGAAUUCAUGCUAGAGGAUGAAAUAUGUGGGCCCUUCUUCACCUUUUGACUAUGAAUGGCCCGACUCUGGAUGUGUCUUAGAACACAAACAAAAGGCAACCACUGCUGCCCUAGUCUUACUGUGAACAUCAUUUUAGGCAUAGGCCAUAAAAACUUCCCCAUCAGCCUUUUCUAAAAAUAAGGUCCUGUUAAGUGACUGAGUAUAGCCAUUAAAAAAAAAGAUCAUAAUUAGUGAUCUCUCACCUAUAGGUGGACGCCAUUUUUUUCUCCUAAAAAUUGAAAGUGGAACUGGAAAUAAAAUAUAAAGAAAGUGAUGUGUCCACCAAAUGAAGCAUAUUUAUUAAAUUAAUAUGUGUAUUUUUCCAAGGAAAAUGGAAGCAUCUAUCUUUCUUGGUAUAACACUGCCCAUAGGACUUAAAUUCUGCUAUGAUAAUGGAACUGUAAAGUUUUAGUAUGAAACUUGAUAAGGCAGCUAGCAUGUGUACAAGGUUAUUGUCCUCAAGUUGUUCAAUGAAUAACAUUAUACACUGGCUACCAUGAAUGAGUGUUUGAUAUGGGAUAAUAAUUCCAGAUUUUCAGUGAGACAGGACUUAAUGAUGUCUCAAUAUCUUCACUCUAAUACAUUUUUCUUCAUUCUUAAACCUUUGAUUGUUGUAGGAAUAAAUCUGUGAUAAUAUUUAAUACAUGAAACCAUGAUAUAUCAAAUUGGAAGCUGAUGCUCCUCAGAUAUUUCCCAUUCUUCUUGACCUUGUACAAAUGACAUGAACAAAAUAAACAGGAAAAUAAAUGAAAACCUAUGAAAUUGUGGGAGAAGGAAUGUCUGUAAUGUAUUCUGUCAUGUCAUCAAUUACAUAGAAGGAUGUGGAUGUCUUGAAAGAUGAAGCUGAAAAGUUCCUACCAGAAGCAUGACAUGAACACAAGUAGGAUCUGCAAAGUGAAUUGGAAAAAAUAUAUAUUUUUGGUGAUCCAAGUUAAAAGUUUGGAAGGCAACCGACUUUCUUGAACCAUCCAUCCCACCUUCAGCAUAAGUCCCUUGGGUUGGAGAGUCCAUAAAUCAUUUAAUCAAUAAAACUUCAUUGAGUGACUAGUGAAAGCAAGGGUAUGUGUCAUGUGCUGAAGAAAAAGAGGAAUUCUUUAGACAAAUAUUUGAUGGUGAUGGAAGGGUAGAAGAGUUCUUUCUUCCAUGAUCCUCAAUUCAGUCAGUAAUGCCAUUUAUCCAUAAGCAAAGGCUAGAGUUAGAUCUAGAUGAGUGGGUGAUGGAGGCAAGCACUAACAGCAGCAAGCCUUCAGUAUCUGGGAUGAGCCAGCUGAUGUUACUCAGAUGGGUUUGUUUGUUAUCCAUGAGGAUGGUGUAAGGCUAAUGGUUUCAAUUUCACUGUGGCCUAAAGCCUAAAGCAUGUGGGAAGUCACUCCCUCUCUACCACACACAAGUAUAUCCCUUCACUCCAUCAAAAAUGUUAUUAUCAUGAAUGAGUUGGCAACUGUACUUUUGGAGCCAUGAAAAGAAAAUAAAAAGGGGCCACAUAAAUAUGCCUCAUUAGAUGAUAGAGAUUAAUCUGACAAUAGAUUUGUCUGACAAGACAUCAGUGUUUUCCAUCCUGAUGAUUUGUCUGUAAGAUGGGGAGGGGAAAUAAGGAGAAGGGAGAAAAAGGAGAGUUACAGCUGGAAUUAAUGAGCAGAUUUUUACAGCUUUAUUUUUUUGCUGUGAAUAUGGUAUGGUUCUGCUGAGACUGGCAGUGCUGCAAAUUUUCCCUUCUGCCUGCUGCUGGGGGAACAUACGCAAGCAUGCAUGCACAUGGGCAGGUGAACACACCGUGUGCGACACAUACACACACUUUGCAGUAAUGAUCCAGUUUUAUGUCAUGUGGAAUUCAAAAUAAGUUAGGGAGCCUUUGAAUUUUUUUGUCGUUAAUCUCACUUUUAAAAUAUUGGCAAGGAAUUAAUGCAUCUCUAAGCUGUCAACUACUAACAUCAUGCUGUUCCUGAGGCAGAGGGAAUUUAUAUCCCAAGGCUUUCCCCAGCUUCAUUGCUGCUUGCUUGAUAUGUGGAGCUCCACUGGAGAUGGGAUAUCAGGCUAUUCAGAAGGGCAGCCAUCUAUUUGGCUUGGCCCAAGGCCAAGACUUAGCAUAUUUAACAGGCAGCCCUAGUCUUGAUCUGUUAUUCUUUUAAUAGAAAGCAGCCUCUGCAAUGGUCUCAAAUCUGCAAGGUACUAAGGUGAUAAUAUGGUGAUGUAAGCGGAAAGGUGAAGAGGUACUCUCUUCACUGCAAACCAAAUUCAUACCUGCUAGCUGAGUGGAAGAUUAUUAUCUAACUAUCACCUGGGCCUGGGCAGUCUUACAAGUUAAGUCAGCAACUUUAAGAUGAAAACGCAAAUCAAUUCUAGUUAUAGCAGUAUCCAAAGCUCCAGAACAGCAAGAAAAAAAAAAAAAAAAAGCAAACAAACAAAAAACCCUAGGGAGUUCCAAAUUGGAUGAAAUCCAAUCAAAUUCAGCUUUACAUCCACUACCCCUUUCACUCUCUCUCUGCAGUGGUUCUCUCCAUAGCCUGACCAAACUGUGGGUUUACAAAUGGUUUUAUUAAGGACAAUAAAUAUUUAUGAAGUGCCUCCUACAUGCAAGGCACUAAGAUAUAUGAGUCCCACUCUGCUUUCUUUAGACAAAUGUUUGGCUAACCAAAGAGAUCCAAUGUGUUCCCUUUUCUUGAUGAGUAUAUAAAAUUGGGGUAUACUUGUUAAUCUUUGAUAAGGUCAGUGAUAUCCCCAGAUAAUAGCAUAAUGCACACCAUCCAUAAGAAAUUCAGAAGCCAGAGUCCUUGCCCUUAAAUGUAAUCUUGUACAGUUUUAUCUGCUUUCACUAAAGUACUGAGAUUUGGAGGCUCAACUGAUAGGAUUAAAGUAAACUUCUUUCAAAUGUCUGAGAAAAAGAAAUAUUGUCUUUGGGGAUUGAUUCUACUAGAUAGGCUAUUAAAAGUAACUGUUAGUACAGGGUUUUAAGAAAUAGACCUCAGGUGUGGGGGAAUAAUCUGAUUUGGGGGGAUGCCAUUUGUUUCAUGAUGUACCUGUAUUUCAUCUGCUUUAACUAAAGUAUUUUGAUUUGGAGAUUUAAUUGAUGUUACUAAAGUAAAUUUCUUUCAAAGGACUAAAAUAAGGAAAUAUUUAUUAAAGGUAACUGUACAGGUUUUUAGGAAAUACAUCUAAGGUAUAGGGGAAUAAAGUGCUAUAAAUCAGGGGUUUUGAGGGGUUGCCAUUUAUUUCAUGAUAUACCCAUAUCUUGUAAGAUAAAAUUGAGAUCAAGAAUAAAAUCUAAACUUUGUUUAGAACUUUCUAUUUUGCAAUAUUUGAUAAAUUGCAAUACUGAUCAACCAAAAAUUGAUCAAUAAACAUUUCAAGUAUCUCCAAAGUGGUGGGCAUCAUGCCAGGUGCUAGGUAAACAAAGACAACAAUUAAAUAGUCCCUCAAAUUAAAUAGUCCCUUAAAUAGAUUAAAUAUAAUCUUCUACUUAAGAAGAUUACAUUCUAUCAGUGUACAUACACACGCACGCACGUAUAAAGAGAGAAACAGAGAGAAAAUGUGCAAAGUAAAUAUAAAAUUAAUACAGUUUGAUUUAUGGAGAGAGAACUCUAACAAUUAAAGGUUGAGGAAAAACUUGUAGAAGGUAGUUCAUGAGCUAAAUCUUGAAGGGAUUUCUAGGAGGAAAAGAUACAUUUCUAAGAGAAAGAGUACAUUGUAGAAAUGAGAAAUAACCAAUGUGUAAAUAUAGACAUAGGAGAUCCCUACAGUAAGUUCCUUUGGUUUUUGUUUUAGAAAAUAGAGCCACUAUUAUUUUCCCCAAUCAAUAGCUAAAGAAACUGAGGCUCAGAGAAGCUAAGUGAGGUCACAUCUCUAAAUGUUUGUGGAAGCUAGAAUAGAUCAUUUGAUCACAUGGACUCCAAUGAGUAUUUUUUGUUUGUUUGUUUUCAAUUCAUUAUGCUGUGAUGAUGGAUAAUUCCUAGAGUUAGAAGAAAGAAGAAAAUGGAAAACCUCAAUUUUUACAUUGUCUACAAAAAUCUUCUCAUGGAACUACCAGUACAUAGUAGGUUAGACCCUGUGAAAUUCAACUUACCUUGACUUCCUGAUGGAUGUGAUAAAAAUCAGUGAAUACUAAAUAGUAUUUGAUAUAAAGUAAGAGAGGAGAGAGAGAAAAAAAAAAACUAUGUGAUCUUUAUUUUAAUAUAAUUGUAAUUUCCAGAAUAAAGAAUAAAUAAGCAGAAUAAAUGCUUAUUGGAUCAAUUUUUUUUAAAAAGUAGGUAUAAUCUCUGUUUAUUUGUUUAAUAACUGGCCUAAGAGUAAAUAGAAGACAACCACCUAUUAGGGAUGUGGAUUAACCCUGACCCCUCACAAACUUCAACCCUUAACUCUGUGAUGAUGUCUGAAAUUUUAGAUUUCUUUGGAUCUUAAAUGAUUUUUGUCUCCAAAAAUUCCAGAUUAAAAAAGAGAUGCUCUUUUUGGGAGGGGGAUUUGGGCUUAGUAGUCAGAAAUAAUACUAUAAAGAAAAUGGUUCUCAAUUACCAUCUUCGAUAUCAAUAGGUUAAUGCCUUUUCACUUUUCACAGCUAAUUGAGAACAAUGACUUAUAGAAAUAGGACAAAAGAAAGAUGCCUGAUUUUAAGGCAAAAUUCCAGGAGUAGAGACUUAGAUACUCAAAGGUGAGACAAGAAGAUUCCAAAAUAAACUUUUUCUACUACCCAGUUUUGCCAGGGCUGGCCCUUUGGCAGAUUAUAAUUUUCUGGGCACUGGCAGCAAAAGUAGAAAAUAAAAGAUUAUGAGGAAAUAGACAGGAACAUUGGGGCAAAUACAACAAAAAUUAAAAUAAUUCACUAUAAAAUCCAUUACCUGGAUUAUUUUAUGGAAUGAAGAUAAGAUGGGAAGGAUCAGAACCAACCAGAGCAGUGGGCAAAGAAUCAUCACACUUCAGUCAUCUGUAUUUCUAUCUUCUGAUAAUCAUAUUUUCACUGACAGAUAAAUUGUGCCCCUCUAAUAUCCUUCAAGAUAUCCAAACUUCCUGCCUAGUUGUUUGCCUAUAUCUUUGUAGACAAUAGCUCCAUACCUAUGUUAGAGUUACCUGAGGACUCAUCCAUAAUCCUUUCCCCAAUACUUCCUGACUUCCCUUCCUAUUCUUCUUAGGCAUUUUAUUCAUCUAUUCUUUCCCAAUUCAGUUAGUAUUUAUCAUCCAAUAUUCUGCCUCUCUCUAGCAUAUCUGGUCACUUCAGAUUUACACGUUGAAAUUGUUUAGUAGACUUGCCCUUGGAGGUAUCUCAGAUAUGAGACUUAGGCAGAUUUAUUGCUUCAUUAAUGUAUUCAGAUCCUAUUGACAAAAGGUAAAUUGAUAGACUCAACCCAUUGGGCAGAGGAGCUGCAUUUGUCAGAGAAAUGCAUAGCUUUAUAGACAGGAAAUGUCUGUGAGACUUUACUGUCCUUAAUACCUAGAACAUUGCCUGGACCCUCUGAUUAGUCAAGAUUCUGAGAUCCCAAAGCACAAGUGGCUGAUGAGCUCAUGUUCUAAGCUAUCUGAAGAAUAAGAUAAUAAGAUAAGACUUUUAAACUUGGUGGCCCACCAAAUUACUGUGCUAGCAUUCUUGUUCUGCUUCUGGGGAGUGACAAAUCCAAGGACGAGUGUCAGUAGUAGAAAGGUUGAGUCUCCUUUGAUGACAGCAGUGACAUGUUCUGAUGAAAUAAAUCUCUUGAAUGUUUUGGUUGUUAUCAGGUUUUUCUACCAUCAUUUCCCUUAAUACGUUCCCCCAGUGAUUGCAACAAUACUUUUUAUAUUUUACUUGUAUUCCUUUUCAUUACAAAAAAAAAAUCAAUUAUACAUUAGAAGGAAAACCUGUAUUUUCCAUCUGGUGCCACAUUUUAGGUGAAAGAGUAGUUAUUCAGUAGAUGGUAAUUAUUUUGUCCUGAGGGACUUUCCCUUUGUUUCUGUGCAAUAAUGUGUAUGAACUUGGCUACUCCAAGAUUGUAUUGUGCAUUAUCAACUUUUCUUGCUAUUUAAAAAAUGAUAGUUUGUAGAAUUGAGGAUUUUCAUCGAUGUAAAGCACAAUUUAAUGAAUAAGUUAACAUAUUAAACCAUUGUGAUGUCAAGAACAA